CUCAACCUCAACCUCAACCUCAACCUCAACCUCAACCUCAACCUCAACCUCAACCUCAACCUCAACCUCAACUUCAACCAACCAACCAACCAACCAACAUGCAACUGA